CCCGCCCCCAGUCCCGGGAUCCGCCUGCAGUCCCCUGCCGGGGCGCGGGGCUCCAGACUCCACCCCGCGGGAAGACACCCUCCGAUCGACCCGCUAGGCUUCCGCCGUGCAAUCGGUCCCCGCCACCCGGCCGCUCGACCCGCCCGGGCCCUCGGGGCCUCCGGCAGAGCGUCCUGGCAGAGGACGUGCCGCAGAGCCGGGGCCCAGGUGGGCGGCCCGAGGUGAGCACCCCAGAGAGAUCAACGGCGAGACUGCCAAGAUGAGGAAGUAAAGACUUCCAAAGGAACCAACAUGCUUUGGAGCCAGAAUGCCUUCAGGAUUAGUCCACUGAAACUGUGUCUCUUAGCCUGUGCCAGCUUCCUGUUUGGUAUUUCCUGUGCUCUACCUGAUGCAUCCAAAAAACCUUGCCACUUUAAGCUGACAUUACAAAAUUUUCGGUCAAUCUUAUCCUGGACAUUUAAAAACCAUUCUGUUGAACCAACUCACUAUACAUUGCAGUCCACAAUCAUGAGUAAGAACGACCCUCUGGAGAUGGUGGAGGGCUGCACCAAUAUCAGGAGACGAUUCUGUGACCUCACGGACAUGUGGGAUGACAUUGGGGAAACCUACAUCCCUCAAGUGGUGGCGUUCCAAGGAAACAGAACGUUGAACAGUUGUAUGGAUGAAAUCCGCUUAAUAUACAAUAUGUCUCUGCAGCCCCCGGAGUUUGAAGUUGAGGCUUUCACCGACCGCGUGAAGGUGAUCCUGAGGUUCCCAGCGGCCCUUCCCAGCAUCUUAGAAGAGCUCCAGUACAGCGCGCCCCUGGUGGUGAGAGGGCAGGCGGGCAAGAUCGCCAAGGAGCAUAAACUCGGACUCAACAGAAAUAUCAGCGGAAAUUUCACCUAUGUCAUCGACAAGCUCAUUCCAAACACAAAUUACUGUGUGUCGGUUUAUUUUAAGCACCGUGACCCAGAUGUGAAACCAGUCAUCAGAUGUGCCUUCCUUCCACCUGGAAACCAAUCAGAGUCACUGGAAUCUGACAAAGCAGGAGGAAUAAUUGGUCUGUUCAUGCUGGUGGCUGUCAUUGUAACCAUGGUUCUGAGACGGACUGGUUAUAUAUGCUUAAAAACUGAUUACCCCCACGUUUUGUACUUUAAACACUUGCCGACCUGCACCUUUCUGGAGCUGCCGCCACUGGAAGCCAUGGAUGCCGUGGAGGUCAUUCUGGUCCCCAGGAAGAAGAAGAAGGACUAUAAUUCCGAAGAGGAGAGUGACAACGACCAGGAAAACAUCCCCAGGUCUAACGGGGGUGGCUACACCAUGCACGGCCUGGUGGGUAGGCCUCUGGACCCAGCCUCGAUGUCCUCGGCCACCUUGGAGGACCCCACCCAACUGGUCUUGGAGGAAGUGGAUGAGUCGGAGCCCGAGGCUGAACUUGAGCCCCUGGUAGCCCCGUUGGAAUGCCCAGACAGUGGGGUUUAUCAAGAGAGAAGUGGGGCUUAUGAAGGCAGACGGGAGCCCCCACAGUACUCCUUGCCUGGGGAAGACAGCGCUCCUGAGGAGCCAGAGGACAGAAGGACCUUCAAUGUGGACUUGAAGUCUGUGUGUGUACGAAUCCUGGACGAGGACCCCGACGAUGUGCCUCCAGUGCUGACUCUGCCAGAAGAAAUGGUGGACCUGGAGGAGCCCGAGGACCUGGACCUGCCAGUGGCUUUCCAGGGAGGGCCAGCGCCACCCUCUGCCGGCCUCUCCGAGGUGGACCAGUGGGCGGAAGGCGUCCCUUCUGAGGAGACCGACUCUUGCGAGUCAGAGGUCGACGUGGGCGAUGGCUACUUAGCCAGAUGACGCUAGAAACGGGUCACCCACCUGGACUGCCGGAUUAAUUCAGGGCUUUCUCUCCCUGUGCCCUUUGCGGUCUGAGAAUGUUCUAGAAGGAACAUUCUAGGGUGUCAGGGCCCUCGACAGGGCCAUCAAGGUCGCUCACUGGUGGUCCCCAAGGGCUGGUCCAAGAAAUUUCUGAGAAAGAAUGAAAAGCAGGGCCAGAUGAGAAUAGGGAGUGCAAAGGAGGUCCCUCAGUGGGGUUCACUGCCCACCCCUCAAAAAAAAAGAGAGCAAGAAGGCAGACAGACAAACUGGAGACAGGGACAAACUGAAAGGGCCAGUCAAUCCUGGGUACCUCCCACAUGUCACCUUGGGCACAUUGUGCUUAUUACGGGGUUCUCCUCCAACCCUCAAAUAGUCUGAGAGAAAACAAAGUCCCAGACAUAACCUCAGUGCCGUUUUUUUAGAUGGCAGGAAGGAAAGGAAAGGGAAAGAAGAAAGAAAGGCAUGCAGAAAUGCUUCCCCAUCGCAGGAAGCAAUAAUCCACUAAACGUCUUGGGGAUCCAGUUCGACUACUUGAGGUAGGGCAGGUGUGCUCACUCCAAACGCCCUGUGGGUGGCUAUGGUUGCCGUGAAUUGUGACAGGAGGAAGAAAAAGGAAAGUUCUAGCAUUUCCUGUAUACACUGGGUCAAGGGCCAGGGCUCACGUGUGACCUUGCUGCUGUUCCACGUCCUCAUGGUCCCAAGGAAUUUACUUAGCCCCCGCUGAGCCACAGUUUCUGCCUUUGUGAAACAAAAAAAAGGGUCAUUCUAGGUCAUCCCCAAGAUGUUGUGAUGUUCAGAGAAAUCACAGAAAAACAGACAGGAAUGGAGCCAGCACAGUAGCUCACUGUGUCAGACACCUGCUUUACCCUGUGUGCACCCCAGGUUCUGGUCCAUCUAGUCCAGUCCCACCACACCAGGGGGGAGCUUCAGUGCCAUCUAACUAACUGUCUGAAAAAGCCAACCCAGAGUGGUGAAACCCCUGCAGUGACAAAAAGAGAGAGUGAAAAAGAAAAACAGUGCCCCAGGAGGUGGUACAGUGGCUAGAGCGUUGAACGUAUAAGUGUUGAGGCCCCAUCCUUCAUACCCAGCAUUGCAUAUACCAUCCGCUUCUCUCUCCUCUCUUUCCCACUUUCCCUAGUGAAGGAAAGAAGGAAGGAUAACAACCCCAAGAGACCUGCUGGGGUGGGGGACGAGGGUAGGGGGGUGGUGAAUGCCAAAACGACCUUUCACAUUGCUCAUCUCCAGAGGAGGAUUUUCAGAUCUUUCCUCUUUGUAUAUCCAGAAGAGGGGAACAGGCACCACAGGAGCCCUUGUUCAAGGACUUGGAACUUGCAGCUGCUGGAAAGGAACUCAGAGGAGAGGCUGGUGACAGGAACCCAUUCUGCGACCUGAAUAUGUCCAGUGUGUCUGUUAUCAGGGAAAUUUCUCGAGUCACCUUUGCAAUAACUCCCUUACAGCCAUCUCUGUCUCCUCCUCUCCUUUUUAAAUUUUUGUAUAAUAGUCGGUGAGACGGAGAAGAAAUAAUAUGAACACACUUUUUAAUACAGACUCGGUGAUGACUU